CAACCCACUCUCUGCCGCAGACGUAUUUGUUGCCGUCGACGACGGAAAAGGCUCGUUGCACCUGUCCUCCUUACCAUCACCCACUCGACCCACCACUAACUCGAAGACCACUACUCCAAAAGGUGCAACAAGAUGACAUACUACAGCGAAGAAUUCCUCGCGGAGGCGGCAGAAUACAGCAUGACCGCCGAGGAGUACGCUCGUGAGCUCCAAAUGAUGGAGGAGACCGAUCGAGCUUGGGAUGAGGAGGAGCGGGAAGAGUGGGAGGAAAAUGCUCGCCUCAUCGCCCUCGACAAUGGCGAGGAAGAGAGCGAGGAGAGCGAGGAGGAGGCGCAGCAGGCGUCGUUGCAGCACGUGUGGCUGCACGAGGGUGGCGAGUGGACGGAGGUGGAGAGGGAGAAUUUUGUCCGAGCGGCAGAGGUUGCCACAAGGUCCUCUCCUUGCGCGGUCGCAUCUCUGCUGGUCAUCAGUGACGAAGCAGGAUGGGACGCCUUCGAGCCAACGACGUCGCAAGUCGUUGAGCAGGGCGGCAGCCGGGGCCGAGAGGAGGGGCAGGAGGGGCAGGGCGGCGGCAACGACCGCAGCAGCGACAUCGUCGGGCGUGGUCGGGGGGGCAGCAUCGCCGAGCUCCCGUCGUCUCCACGUCGUAGCCCAGCUACGCCGCUGUUCAGCAGCGAGGUGGAGCUCGACGUGACGUUGGUGCCUCUCCAGACGCCGUGGAGGUUGGAGGUGGAGGGUUGGAACAGGCAGGCGAGUGAGCCCGCUUCGGAGAGCGAGGCACCCUCGGGAGGUGGGCCGGGCCAAUGGCGCUGGGUAAGGCAGUUUUGCUAUUCAUUACAUGGAUGCACACCGGUGCCGAUUGGGACGUAGAGGAGAGCUACAACUUCGUUGAGGCCGCCAAGGCCAUCACAAGGA